AUGGCCCAUAAAUUGGAUACAGUAGUGAUUGCGUUAAUCAUAUUUCAUAAACUAUUCACGUUUGAAUGUGUUCAUGGCAAACAGCCCAAGGGAGUGUCACUUGUUGAAGAUUUACUGGAAGAUUAUCACAGUUAUCUGCGCCCAGUUGUUAAUUCGUCAUCCGUUGUCAUGGUUACACAUGGCAUAGCAAUAUGUCAAAUGCUUGAACUGAAAUGGACUGACGAGUUCUUGAGAUGGAAUGCGUCAGAAUAUGGAAACACAGAGAUAGUCAGAAUACCAUCAGAGCUCAUCUGGCGUCCAGAUUUGCGACUUUACAACAAUGUGGACGAGGAGUUUGAUCGUAUCGAUAAGACGUAUGCGAUGGUAAGCAGCAAUGGUUACAUAGCUUGGAACGCGCCAGCAAUAUUCACAUGCUCCUGUCGUAUCGACGUCACACACUUUCCGUUUGACACGAAUCUUUUGAUGCCAAAUAUAAUGAUAUCCGUGCUCACUCUCGUCGGUUUUUAUUUACCACCUGAGUCCGGGGAGAAGAUGACGCUUAUGGUCACUAAUUUGCUAUCGUUGGUAGUAUUUCAACAGGUGGUGACCCAGAAUCUGCCCGCUACGUCGGAUGAUCCAAUCAUAGCCCAAUUUAUUAAUGGAAUGAUAAUUAUGGUGGCGCUGUCGGUCUUUCUAACUGUGGUAAUCCUGAAUAUUUACCAUCGUGGAACGAGUUAUGUACCUCAAUGGCUGGGAAGAGUGGUCUUCGGUUUUUUGGCACCUGUGGUAUGUCUUGGCUGGAAAAAGAAGGUGAGCGAGAAACACUCAAAAACGCAAAGUCCUAUAUCAGAUGGAUGUGACCUUAAAUACGGAAAUUGUCAAGAACACGGUGGGGUCAGUUUUGUCAAUUUUCAAAGUCAAAUCGAGGAGAGAGGCUGUCUAGCUGGGAACGGCUCGAUUGUGAUCGGUAACCUCAGACAAAUUAAAGAAUCAAUGACGAGAAGCCAAGACCUAAAUAAAUCAGCACAAUCAAGCGAAGUUCUGGUAGAAAUUCUUCGAAGAAUCUCGGAACUUACAAAUGAAGUAAAGGAGAAGCGUCAUCAUCAUAACCUAGUCUGCGAAUGGCAGGAAAUUGCGAAAGUGAUUGAUCGGACAUUUCUGUGGUUGUUUGUGGGAUAUUAA